AGAUGUCGGCUCGGUCAUGUGAUCAGCUGUGUCCAAUCACAGCUGAUCACAUGGGACAUCUACACUGAUCAUCAGGGCACUGAUGAUCAGUGUGCCCUGAUGAUCAGUGUAGCCCCAGCAGUGCCACCUGUCAGUGCCCAUCAAUGCCAGCUGUCAUUGCCCAUCAAUGCCACCUGCCAGUGCCCAUCAGUGCCUCAUCAAUGCCACAUAUCAGUGCCUACCAGUGCACAUCAAUGCCGCAUAUCAGUGCCCAUCUGAGCUGCCUUUCAGUGCCACCUAUUAGUGCUGCCAAUCAGUGCCACCUAUCAAUGCAAUAUAUGAGUGCUGCCUUUCAGUGCCCAUCAGUGAUGCCUGUCAAUGCCCACCAGUGCCACCUGUAACAAGCGUAU